UCACUUUCAUUUGUGUCGAUUCACGAGUCACACGAAUUAUGUGGAAAGUCACACUAAUGAUUUUUUUUGUUUACUUUCAGAUUAAGUGUUAAAUAAUGGCGAAACCAAAAAAACAAAAAAGUGAGGAAGAAUUAGAGAGGCGUAGAAUAGCUAGAAGACAAAAAUAUCAAACUAUUAAAAACAAUCCUGAGUUAUAUGCCGCUGAGCAAGAAAAAAAAGACAAUAUUACUUAAUAGCGAAGGAGAAUAAAAAAAUUAAAAGUAUUAACGAAAUGAGCCCACGCGAGCAAAGAAUUCAAAGACGAAAAUGGAAAGAGAGUUCCAAAAAGUUUUAUAGAAAGAAAGUAAGCCAAAGAAUUAUAGAGAACGUUGCAGUAACUGAAGAAAGUUGUGAUAUUGAAAAUGUUAACAUGAAUACAGUUCCUUUAAAUAUAGAAAACCAAGAAAUGAAACCCAAAAUAAGUAAGCGUGAACAAAAACUAAUAAAAAAAAUCAAAACAAUGAAAAUACAGCACGAAAAAGAGAAACGAAAUUAUAUAUUAUUAUUAAAUAGGUACAGGUUCAGGUUAAAUUAUUUAAAAAGAAAAAUAUCUACACUAACAGGUGAAAUAAGUAAUGAAGCAGAAAAAACAAAAAAUGAAGACAAGAAGCAAUUAUUUGAUAGACUUCUAAGUGCUGAAAUAACACAGAAAUUUGCAAAAACUGCAAACAGGAAAGACAAAUGCGUUAUCACUAAGUUAAUUGAUAAAGAGAAGUUUAAAAAAUUUAAGGUUGCUACUGACCUUCGGAAAGUUCAUCUUCGAGAACGAUUUAAGAAGAAUGCACGUAAUAACAUCAACAUUCAAAAAUUAGUAGAAAAGUUUUACGAAGACGACAUUAACAGUCGCAUUACUCCAGGCAAGAAACAAUAUAAGAAGAAACAUGGAAUCGUUAAACAAGUCAGAUAUCUUUUAGAUUCUAUAAAAAACUUACACAAGAAAUUUUUGGCUGAAAAUACUAACAUUAAAAUUAGUUACACGACUUUUACAAGACUCAGACCAUUUUGGGUCUCUCUUCCGACUGACGACCGUGAUACGUGCGCCUGCUUGUUGCACACAAAUUUUAACUUAUUAAUAGCGGCUCUUAAUAAGAAUAAUAUUCUUCAUGUAAAAGAUAGUCAUAAUUUGAUAAAGGAAAUCUGUUGUGAUAAAUACAGGCUAGAUUGUCUUAAUCGCAAAUGCGCUUCAUGUAAAAAUAAAACAGUACCUUAUAAAGAAUUCCGAAACGAUAAAGAAAUACAGUACAUGGUAUGGGAAAGAGACACCAAAAAAGUUGACACGAAAGAAAUAAAAAUAAUCAAGAAGAAAACAAAGAGAUCUGAUCCUCGUAACCUGAUAAUUGAACUGGAAAAUAUUCUGCCAAAAUUUUUGUCCCACACGAGUAACAUUGUCAACCAGUAUGCUACUAUUAAAUGUUUAAAAGAAUCUCUAACUACUAACGAAGCCUUGGUUCAUAUGGAUUUUUCGGAAAAUUAUUCUUAUAAAUAUUCGGAGGAAGUACAAAGCAUGCAUUUUGGUGGCAGCCGUGGUCAAGUCUCACUUCAUACAGCAGUGGUUUAUUUAAAAAAUGAUUCCAAUGCUACUCAAUCCUAUUCUGUUUGCUCAGCCAGUGAAUGUACCCGUCAUGAUGCAGCGGCAGUGUGGGCUCAUCUAAAUUAUUUAAUUAAAUUUGUUUUUAACAGAUCAUCACAAAUUAAUCGCAUUCACAUUUUAACAGAUAGUCCCACAAGCCAGUACAGAAAUAAAUAUAUAUUUUAUAUAUUAACUCAAUUAAGGAAUGACUUCCCAGAUCUAAAUCUCGUCACGUGGAAUUAUCAAGAAGCUGGGCACGGCAAGGGUGCUCCUGAUGGCAUUGGAGCAGUAAUCAAAAGGACUGCCGAUUAUGAAUUAAAGUGUCAUCAGGAUGUCGGAGACUUUGAUGCCUUUGUUAACAUUAUUCGAAGAAAUAUAAAAAACGUAGAAAUGGGUAUUAUUCAAGAGCACGAAAUUAAAUUAAGGGAAUUAAUGUUGCCUAAAGAUAUUGCCACUUUCAAGGGGACUAUGACAGUUCAUCAGGUCAUUUGGGCAGCUGAUUCUGCUUAUCUAGAAUUUAGAAAACAGAGCUGUUUCGAAUGUAUAAGUGUCGCUUGUAAACAUGGCAAACAUAUGAGAUUUUUUAAGAUAUAUAAUACUCCAAUUGGAUCUACAAUGGAAAAUGUAAAGGUCAUCCCGGAAAACAAAAGAAUUAAGGUACUUAGUGAUGUUACCAUUCGCUAUGCUAAUACCGAUGAUCCAAUGUUACAUGACAGCACACCAUCAACUUCAAGUCUCCGCAGUAUUCGACACUCCUGGGCCAAUAAAUGUUUUAUAAAUAAUUAUACAAAAGCGACAGAUCACGAAAAAGAAUUCCUUGAUUUUUUAAAAAAAUGUGAAGAUGAUGAUGACGAUCCCUUAUCAGAUUAAUUAAUGAAGAAGCUAUUAAUAAUAUGGAUAUUGUUAUUGUAAACGCAAUGAAAAAGGAGUAGCGUUAACCAAUCUUGAAGACUGAAAUCAGAAAUGUAUACCAUUGAUUAGCUUAGUUGAAUAAGUUAUUGUUUUGGAAUUAAGUUUAAAAUAAUUAAUAUCUGUAGUACGGUGACCGGCACAUCCACCUUCACUGCAAUAAUGUUACUACCCUACCUACUAUUAAUAAUGUUAAUGACAAAUAUUUUAUGUUUUGUUGAUUAUUUAUUAAUUUUCAUU